CUCCUGGUGCUGGGCGCCGCCGCCCCCGCCCUCUGGUUGCGCUGCGUCCUCGCCGACUUCACGGUGGACAACGAGGUGCACUCCAGCUUCAUCCACCGGCGGCUGCGCGGCCCCGAGCGCCGCGAGAUGCAGCGGGAGAUCCUCUCCAUCCUCGGCCUGCCGCACCGCCCGCGGCCCCACCUCCACGGCAAGCACAACUCGGCCCCCAUGUUCAUGCUGGACCUCUACAAUGCCAUGUCCGUGGAGGGGGGGGCGGCGGGGGCCGCCGCCGAGGAGGGCGAGGGCUUCUCCUACCCCUACAAGCCCAUCUUCAGCACCCAGGGGCCGCCCCUGGCCAGCCUGCAGGACAGCAACUUCCUCACCGAGGCAGACAUGGUCAUGAGCUUCGUCAACUUGGUGGAGCAUGACAGAGAGUUUCACCAUCAGCGCUGCCACUACCGAGAGUUCAGGUUUGAUCUCUCCAGAAUCCCAGAGGGGGAAGCGGUGACGGCUGCCGAGUUCAGGAUAUAUAAGGAUUACAUCCGCGAACGCUUCGAUAAUGAAACGUUCCAGAUUAGUGUCUACCAGGUACUCCAGGAGCACCCGGGAAGGGAUUCAGAUUUGUUCCUGCUUGACUCUCGAACAAUCUGGGCUGCAGAAGAAGGGUGGCUGGUGUUUGACAUUACCGCAACCAGUAAUCACUGGGUGGUGAAUCCCCAACACAAUCUUGGCCUGCAGCUAUCCGUGGAAGGCAUCGACGGGCAAAGCAUCAAUCCCAAACUGGCGGGUCUUAUUGGAAGGCACGGCCCGCAGAACAAGCAGCCGUUCACAGUAGCCUUCUUCAAAGCCACCGAGGUCCACCUCCGCAGUAUUCGCUCCACGGGAGGGAAGCAAAGGAGCCAGAAUCGAUCAAAAACGCCAAAGAACCAGGAAGCUUUCCGGGUGUCCAACAUCGCAGAGAACAGCAGCAGCGACCAGCGACAAGCCUGCAAGAAGCACGAGCUCUACGUCAGCUUCAGGGACCUAGGGUGGCAGGACUGGAUCAUUGCUCCGGAGGGCUACGCUGCGUAUUACUGUGAAGGAGAAUGUGCUUUCCCGUUGAAUUCAUACAUGAAUGCUACAAAUCAUGCCAUUGUACAGACACUGGUUCACUUUAUAAACCCAGAGACUGUGCCGAAACCCUGCUGCGCUCCUACACAACUCAAUGCCAUCUCAGUGCUCUAUUUUGAUGACAGCUCCAAUGUUAUCUUAAAAAAAUACAGGAACAUGGUGGUACGAGCAUGUGGCUGUCAUUAGAUUUGUAGGAAAGAAAAAAAAAGUUAUUUGUAAAGAGUGGUUUUGUAUGGCUAUAUGGGGGAAGGGAAAAGGUUAGCACUCCAGCAAUGGGUUUAAAAAAAUCCCAAACAGUUUUUAGGACCGGGCUUCUGAAAGUUCAGACAAUGGAACAGUUUCUGGAUCUAAGUGGUAUUUGAACACAUUUUGUUUUAGUUUAUUACAGACAAUGAGCUUGUAAACUGAAACAAGCCAGAGAAACCAUUUAAAACCAAAUCUGCCUACAAAAUUGGCUCCUACAAUACAUACUUUUGCAAAUGAGUCUUUCUGAAGAUUGCAAACUCAGUGUUGAUUGCGAGUUAAAAAAUAAUAAUCUAUCCAAGGUGAGAAUGUGCUGUGACUAAUAAGCAUGUGUAGUUCCUGUAACACAGUUUGCAAUAAAAUAAGUGAACAAAA